AUGUGUCAUGAGGAUCAGGACUACACCUGCCCUCACUGCGACCGCACCUUCACAUCUCGCAUCGGCCUGGUCGGUCACUUGCGAAUCAAUCGCACAGAGACCGGCGAACCAGUGCCCGGAGCACCAACCUACACCCACCGCACUCGCCUCCACUGCCCACAAUGCCCUCGCACCUUCACUCACCGCAUGGGCCUGUUCGGCCACAUGCGCAUCCACGAGAGCGGAAUUGACCGCAGCCUUGACACACCCACACCGCCGAGCCUCAUUCCCAAUCCAUCCCCUUGUGCACCCACUAACCACUUCCCAGCCGACAUCGACGCCACCGACCUUACCACCCCUCACUCCUCCCCUUCCUCCUUCUCUUCCUCCUUCACUGCCACAACGACGGCCGCUUCGGCGUCUGUCGCCCACGACUUCACCACAGCCUAA